UAAAUUGACAAACGUACAUGCAAGAUGUUUGUAUCAGAACAGUCUUAAAUGAACCGGCCACCGGUCAUGGUAUUAGAUAAUCGAACAAACUAUAGCUUUGCAAAAAAGAACACAAAUACUUAAACAAAAUCAAAUAUAUUCGGGAAAAAUCUAGAUGACAGUUGAAGAGACAACGCUCAUAUACAUACAAACACAAUCAAAAUAGUAUCCGUAGCGUAUAUACAAUCAUAUUAUCCGCGUUUCUGUAGGCAACACCGACAACAUUUUUUUCUGUAGCAUUUUUAUUUAUCGAACAGUUCAUAUGCUUAGAUUAAAAGUUUGCGUACUGCGUAGUUCACUGUGUGUGAUUGACAUAAUUUUUACACCAUUUGUAUUAGAACCUUUUUAAAUUGUCAUAGAGUGAUUUCAAUUUUAUUUGUCAUUUAAAAACAAACCGAUUUUAAUAUUUAUUUGAAUCAUCAAUAUCGAAUUUUAACCAUUUUUUCUGCAAUCAGUAAUUGUUUGGUUUCUCGUGUAUAUUUGCAUGAAAAAUUCAAUUCGUACAUAGUACAGUGUGUCAACUUCCGAUUGUUCAACAAUGAGCAGUAGGCGAAAUUUGGAUUUAACCACUGAUGAACGUGACCGUUUCACUAAGGCAUUUAAAUCGGAAAAGUUUCGCAAUCUAUUUAUUGAGUAUUGUAACGAAAUUAGUGAUCCAGAAAAUCGACGUAUUUAUGAAGCCGAAUUAAAACAACUUGAAGCCGAACGCGGCAUUGAUGUACAGUUCAUAAGUCCUGAACCGGGAUUUGUAAUAAAAUCAAUUGCGAAUGGCAAUCAAAAAAUAUUCAUCAAUGUUGCAAAGUGUGACAGCAUCGAAAAACCCACCAGUCAAUGUGGUUUUGAUGUGAAAACUGGUGAAAAAGGUCUGCAUUGGAGUUUGCCGUAUGUGCAGUCGAAGCCAAAACAUGAUUUUGAUAAAAAUAAAGUGAUUUGUGCCGUUUUCGAUGUUAUCUUUCAUCCAGAUACUUUGCAUUUGGCAAAGAAAAAUCAAGCAUUCAGAAAAUUAGUCAUUGAAACGGCUUAUGAUGCUGUACGUACAACGUUCGAUUUAACACUUGAUAGUAUUAAGAAUUUGAAAUUUCCAAAAUUAAACUAUAAAGGAUCGUCUACACCUGUUGUAAUUCGAAAAAGAUCGGUGCCUGAGAAUGGUUAUAGAAAAUCUUUCAUUGGAAAACAAAAUUGUCAAAACAUUGAUGAUAAUCAUGAUGAUCAGCGGCAACCAAUGGCGACUGUGACCAUCGAUGAAUAUACGACACCAGAAUACGAAAUUAUACACAGACGGCACAUAGAAAUGCAUGAAUUUACUGAAGAAUUGGAUGCUAAAUUAAAUAUAACUGUACCCAAGGAGCUAAUAAUCAAAAUUCAUUUGCCGUUAUUGGAUUCAUCCAAAGAUGUUGUUCUGGAUGUAAACAUAAAAUCAAUUUAUAUGCAAUGUGAUACGCCAGCCAAGUACAAACUUACAAUUAGUUUACCGUUUGAUGUGGAUAAAGAACUGGGAAAGGCACAGUUUGACAAUCAAACGAAAAUAUUAGCACUAACACUGCCAGUUUUAACCACAAGAAAGCAGCUUGGUAUCUUGGAUCUAUGCCGCGAAGAUAGUGGCGUUGAAAGUGACCAUCACAGUCCCAAAGAGGAUAGUUCAUUGGGCUUGGAUGAUGAUGUGUUCACCGAUGAUUCCAAUCAUUAUUCAUUAGAAAGCGAUUUGAUAUCUAGCAUCGGGUCAUCAUCAGUAACGGAAAAAGAGCAAAAUACAAAAGUAAAAGAAGGAGAUUCGUUUUUAGAAUCAUCAAUUAACUAUACUUUACCGCAUUUUACAUAUAAUCGUUUCGAAAAUGUUGUUGCAUUUACAUUACACGUUAAAAAUGUCGAGUCCAACUCAAUCGUUUAUAUUGGCACGAAAAACAGUUAUCGCGUCAAAUUCUCAACAGUUGGAUCUGGUUAUUUUAACAAUUAUUAUGCUUUUUAUUUUGCCAUACCCAAUGGAAUGGCCAUUAUUUCGGAAUCUCCACGAAUUGAAACUUGGGAUAACAAUGUUGUUAUUCAAAUUGAACUCAAUGCAAUUGAACAUUUCACUUCAUAUGAAGUUGGUUUGAGUGCAGGAGAUUGUAAAACAGUCAUAUGCAACGAAAAAAAAUCAAACAGUGACAACAAUGAAAAAAAUCAUGGAACUGUAAAAACAAGUUUUGUCGAAGUUGGGACUGCCAUGUCAAAUGAAGAACUUCGAAUUGAAAUCACCAAUAAAUAUUUUAAAGCUAAAAGUACAACUGAUGACGACGAAGAAGAUGAUGAAGCUAUUAAAGUGCCCAUUCACCGUCCCAAACCCAAAAAAACGAAACGAGAAAACAAAAAAGUCCGUUCAUUAUCUGAAUCACAUUGCGACGAAUUAAAACAUACUGAAGAAGCUACAGCGAAAAUUGCUGAUGACGCCAAUAAAGCAUGUUUAAAGCAUGACCUGAAGUCUCGUACACAAUCUGAAUCGAGCAACGAUGAACAUCAUAUGGAUUUGUUCCCAUUAAAAAGCAUCCUAAAACGUCACAGUUCAUAUGAUCGUACAACAACACCAGAAUGUUCACUUGAUGAAUAUGGCUGUGCCACAUCAAUUGAUUUGGGUAUUGGUUCAAGCAUACCGGAAGAAAAUGAUGUUGAAAAAUCCGAGAGCGUUAAAAAGACUGUCCGCUUCGAUAAGCAACUUUGUAGAAAAUUACUUUUCAAAAUUAAUUCGACUAUUAUUGGUCAACGGAAACCUAAAGAAAACAAACGCAAGAAGAAGAAGCGCAAUCAAGAACGUCGCUAUAGCGAAGGUGAAGCCUCAGAUUAUGAAAAUAAUUUACAAAUGGGACCAUCUCGCUGUCAAAAAUCCAGUGCACCCAUCGACGUCAUCAAGAACAAGGACACCGAAAAUAAAACCAAUUUGAUAUUCGAUAUUGAAAUUUAGUUCCUAUGUAGCUUUUGAUUCAACAAUAUGUGCAACAAUUACUUGUUCUCUUCUUAAUCACGUAACUUCUUAACCAAUAUACAAGAAUAGAGUUUUGGCAUCAGUAGUUUUAAUAAAUAAUAAAUAUGCUUGAACAGUAAA